CAAUCCCAAAGUGGAAAAUGGCUCCGCCACCUUCGGAUACCGCGCGGCAUGUAGCUGUCCACGUGCCUCCAAGUCGCAAAGCCAUCUACAUUGACCAGUUAAGGCGGAAAUUCCAAUCCAAUGACGCUGCCUGGCAAACGACAAUUGCCACAAUUCAGAGCUUCGAUCGCAGUCGGAAGCUGGCAGAAGAACAGACGUUGUGGGAAAGUUUCAUGCUGAUACUGGCAGUUGUAGGAAUCGUGUGUGCCAGUGUGGAGGGAGAAAUGCUCGGAGUCGAGCUGAUGCAGUUGGUGGAAGAGGGACAAGGCUUUUCAUCGUCGCUCUCCUACUCUACUGUGUUCAUCGCGCUAAAGGGCGUUCUCUCGGGCACGUCGGGACUGCUCCUCUAUGCUCUAGUAAUGCGCUAUCGAAUCGUGUGCAAGAGUAAGAUUUUGGCGAAACAACUGCCGCCCGACGCUACAUUUUUCAGUGCGUGUUCAGGUCUACGGAGUCAAUUUCUACUUGAAGCGGUAGUGUGCACUGUUCACAUGCCACUUCUCAGUGCUGAUCGCAAGAUAUGGCGCUGGGGAGAGUAUGAUGUGCUGUGUCUCGAUCAACUGGACGUGUUGGUGUUCACCCGGAUUUACUUGCUCGGUCGGGUACUGAGAAACCAAUUGGGUCUGAAUUCUGCAUCACAUGAAGCGCGACUUAUUGGCUCUAUUCACCAAGUGGAUUUAUCGUCUAUCUGGCUCAACGUGAAGUUUUCCUUCCAGAAAUUCCCAUUCGAGUCGAGUCUGAUCCUACUGACAAUCGACUGGCUGCUCACAUCAGUUGCACUCAACUUCUUCGAGCGAGGACUUUAUUGA